AUGGAGAAGCUGAGAACUACUGCAGCACAGACAACAGCUCUACAUCUUCUCAACUUAUCGCGUUCCAUCCCGUUGAACCCGCUAAAUAAGGUAUAUGCUCAAUCGUUCUAUGAGCAUUGUAACGAUAAGUCUAUCAAUCUACCAGAAAAUUACUCUACAUCGAACACAUGUGCAACUUGUGGAAUACUAUAUAUUCCUGGAUUAACAUGUUCUAUAAGGAUAACAUAUUCUAAGACCAAGUCUAAAUCUCUGAAUUCCCUGAAUUCCAAAAUAAAAAAGCUCAAAUCUGGUGGAAGAAAGUCCAGCUUGGAACCCAAGCCUAGAAAACGGUUGCUCCAAUAUAAAUGCCUACAGUGCGGCUCAAACCAAACAAUUUGCAAUGAGUUGAUGCAACCUUCCGUUGCAGUGAUUGCAUCCCACCGAAGUCCAAGUACGGUAUCUCCAUCUCCAGCGCCAUCAUUCGAGGCCAAAUGGCCCCCACAGACACUGGAGUCUAGUUCUAAAUCUCAAUCACCUUCCGUAGAUUCCAAGACAAAGAAAAGGUCGAAAAAGAGGAAGGAAACCCAUAAUCUUCUAAACUUGAUUUCAAAGAGUAAACAAGAGAAAGACAAACCAACAAUGUCCUUAAACUUAAUGGACUUUAUGAAAUAG